AUGAUAAAUGCAAUGCAACAAGAGGUAAAAUAUUGGGCAGAAGUUUUGAGAAGAGUCGUAGCAACUAUUCGUUUUCUUGGCGAAAGAGGUCUUGGUUUCCGCGGUACGGAUGAACAUUUUGAUUCGCCUCACAACGGAAACUAUCUUGGAGCUUUAGAAUUGAUUGCUCAGUUCGAUCUUUUUUUACGCCUGCAUAUAGAAAAUUAUGGUAAUAAAGGCAAAGGGAAUGUUUCUUAUCUUUCGAAAACUGUUUGUGAUGAGUUUAUUACUUUGAUGGGUGAUGUUUUAUUAGAACGCAUAAAAAGUGAAAUGAAAGAUGCUAAAUACUGGGGAUUGAUUGUAGACUCAACACCUGAUGUUUCGCAUGUAGACCAGUUAUCAGUUAUAUUUCGCUAUUAUUUAAAUUCUCAUGUGUUCGAAAGGUUUUUUUGUUUUAUUCCUAUUCACAGCCAUACGGGUAUAUCUUUGAAACAUGAAUUACUGAGUUUAUUUAGAAAACACGACUUGUUAAUAAAUGAUUGUAGAGCUCAAUCAUACGAUAAUGCUCGGAAUAUGUCAAGAAAAUACCAAGGAUUACAAGCUCAUAUAAAAGAAUUGAACGCGCUAGCUUUCUACGUUCCGUGUAUCGGACAUUCUCUCAAUUUAGUUGGUGAAUGUAGUGUAGAGGAAUGUAUUCAAGCCAUAAUUUUUUUGGCUUACUUCAAAGAUUUUAUACUUUUUUCACUUGUUCUACGCAGCGAUGGGAAAUUCUAA